AUGCCGCCGAGCAGCGCGGCCAGCGGCUCUGGCGAGCCAGGCUCGCGGCCGCCAGUCAAGUACGGAAUGCACCAGUACGCUGGCGAGGAGGGCGAGGGCUGCCCCAGGAGGCGCCGCGGUGCCCAGGAGGCAAAGCUGCCGCUGCAGGAACCGGAGGAGGAUGGCGAGGAACAGAGGCGAGGCAAUGAGAGCAAGGAGGCAAAGCAGUCGAAGAAGACGAAGAAAGGAGAAAAGGAGGGAGAGGUUGCGCGGGAUACUAAGAAGGCACGGAAGCAAGACAAGGAGAAGAAGGAUAAGGAUGGCCAGAGGGGCCUCCCUGGCGAGCGGCGUGAGGAGGCCAAGGAGGACACGGCCUCCAAGGCACCCCAUGAGGAGGGGCAGCGCGAAGUUGGAGGCAAGACGGAUGAUGGCCAGAGCUCGCACGGGGGAGCCCAGCAGUUCCCAGCGAUGGGUAGCAAGGAUGCGCCCGCCGCCCCGAAGCCCUCGUGGACGCCCCCGCCACAGGUCGGCGACCGCUUGGCCGCGCAGUCGAGCGAGGCCGCCGCAGUCGCGCCGGCGCCAGCGCAGGAUGGCGUCGCCAUCGUUUCCGAGGAUGCCGUGGAUGGCUUGCUGGCAUUAUCGCCGCCCUGCGAGGCAGAGGCCUUGGGCGCGAUGUGCGCGAGUGACGUCCCAGACUACAUCGAGAGCUCCAGCAGGGCCCACGGGUGCAUGCACUACGGCCCCGGCGCAUUCAGCCAGCACCCCAUCGGCGCUUCGAGCGAAGAGGGCGGCGAGGCGUCGCUGGGGGCCAGCGCGCUGCAGAUGGGGGGCGCGCUGCCCUUGCCUGGCGGCUGCGCCUUGUCGGACGACGGCGACGAGGUCGGCGCGGGGGGCCGGGGCAGCGCAGCGAUAGAGAGUGUUGCGAUCGUGCACAUGCGUUGCAGUGAUGAUUUCAAGUUCGAGUGGCCGCGCGAGGGAGGGCAGGUCUCGAGCGCCCCGGAGGUGGUCAGCGUCGCAGCCCCCGCCGAGACCCCCGCCGAGGCGGAGGUCAUGGUGGGUGAAUUGUUUGGCGACAAGCCCCUCGUAGAUGGCGACGGCGACGUCGGCGCUCCCGCAGCUGCAGCUAUUGCUGUUGACGAAGACGACGCCGAGCUGGGCUUGGAGCGCAGCCCCAUGCGCGAGAUCGUGGAGUUCUGGCAUUCGAAUCUGUCGCCCGAGAUUGAGGUCAAACUAGUUGCUGCAUUGCGGAGGCUCGAGAUGUUGAAGGAGCACGGGGAGUGCAAGAGGGACUUCAUUGCAUCGCAGUUCAGCCUUUCUUUCCUCGUGGAGGACAUGUCCGAGCUUACGCAGCAUUCGGCUGUAAACUUGGUGACCGGCGGCGAGGCGCAGCUAUUGCGGCCUUGUUUCGAGGUGGACGCUGGGGUCGCAUGCGUCAGCAGGACGCCGCUGAAUCGCAAUGCUGGUGCUAAUAGGGGAUGUGUGCAAGACAACAGGGAGUCCACAGGGAUAGGCUUCCGAACGGCUCUCAAGAUCAUCGACGCCCACAGUCCCACGGGCGUUUCGCUCGAGUGCGUGACGGGCGUUGGCGACAACACCGACGGCUACGUUAUAUUCGACGCAAUCUCAGCCUUCUUCGCGUCCAUCUUGUACGCCCUCAAGACCAACGGGCGGCACGCCGUCGACAUCUUGCGCUUCGUCACGGUGGGCCUCGAGAAGCUCGAGGCCGAGGACCCCGUUGUUUUGGUGGAGUUCGUUGACAUCAACCAGUCGAUGCCCGGGCUCAUCGGCUCACUGCUCGACGAAGGCGCCCUGCAGAGCCCCGCGGCCCGGGGUAUCAGGAUCUGCGAGGGGUGCGAGGUCAUGCGGAUGAUCGGCUGGGCGGACACCACGCACCGAGUCCCGGGCGGCGGCUUCGCGCAGGACCAGGCCUUCAUGCUCUUGAACGUGGCUGGCAACGCCUACUGCAUGUACCACGCCAUCCCAUGGAUGAUUGCCUCCUACGCCACCUUCGGCGCGUACUACUCCCUCCAGCCGGAGGGCUCGGACGAGAUGGCCGCGGACGGGGCCUUCGUGAACAGGGCCUUUGGCCCAGGUGGCGGCUCGCCAAUUUUGAGCCUUUCCGUUUCCGAGAGGUUCCCAGACAAGAAUCUCGCGAUGGGGGCCCCAGCCACCGACCGCGAGAUGGCUCGCGCUGGCGUUGGGGAGCCGCCGCCCGCGAUCGCCCUUCCCUCGCUGUUUGCUGGAGAGUCCGCCCCGCCCGCCAAGAAGAAUAAGAAGAGCCGAGCUACGGCGCCAGAGCAGACCGGCAGUGCCAGCACCGGCGGGCCUGUCAAUAUCGCGCGGCAGGGCGAGUUGUCUGGCUUCCGCUGUCCUGGGCCAGGCCUUUCGCUGGCCUUUCGUGAGGGCAUCGUAGACGGCGCCGGCAGCGACCUUGGCGUUGGCGGAGGGUCUACAGUUCAGCAGUGCCCAGACGGUCGGAAGUGCCAGACGUGCCGCCACAAGGAUGAUCAGUGGGACCCUGUUUGCUUGAAGCGCGACAUCAAAGUGCCGAUGUGGUGGGGCAAACCGUUCGACAAGACCACGGGCAAGACUCACGGCGCGUUCUGCGGCUACUGCAUGAAGAUAUACUUCGGGCACAUCAAGCACGCCUUGACGCAGCCCACCAGCUUCUCCGAGUACAGCAAGUUCUUGGGCGUGGACGUUAAGAGGUUGGAACGGCACCAGGGCAUGGUCGACGGGGUCGUCGAGGCCAUGGUGAAGGCCAACCUCUCGGACCCCAGAUCCCACUUCCGCGUGGAUUGGGAGGCGGUGCGGGACAAGGAAGUUGAGAAGGACGUGGAGGCGUUGGCCUGGGACGAGGCAGCUCGAGUCGAGAAGGUCAGCCUCGAGAUCGUCAAGAGGAGGCAGGCCGUUGUCGAGGGCGCGGGGGGGUACCGCCAUCUCCCGAUUGCCGAGUACGAGCAGGAGUUCAAGAAGUUCGAGACCAACGGCAUGGCGGCUCAUGGCCACAAGGAGUGGACUUACAAUGGCGUGCCUGGGUACUACGUCCCCAACAGGACAACAACUUUCAAGUUCGUGACGAUCGACGAGUCCGUCGUCACGACGCAGGCUGGGUCGACGGAGGGUUGCGAGAUCACGAAGGCCCAGCUCGAUCGAAUUUCCUCGGCCUUCUUCACCGAUCUCAUGAGCUUCGUCAACGGCCGCGGCAACUCCGCGGAGCCUGCGAUGCUGCGCGUGAACUUGGGCUCGCAGGGCGACGUGGCGCUGCCCGCGCCGCCGGCCAGCAGCGACUCCGCGCUGCCGGCGGGGGCUUCGCCCGCCGCGAGCCCCCCGCCAAAGGGCCCCCCGCCGGCGGCCGAGCCCGAGCCUGGGUCUGGCAACAAGCGUGGAGCACCCGCCGACGCUGUCGACGGCGCGGCCGAGGAUCUAGAGACGAAGCCGAAGCCCGCCAGGAAGAGCGGCGGGAAGGCCGCUGCCGCAGGACAGGCGUCCACCAGCGCGGGAGCCAAGAAGAAGGCGGGCAAACCUCCGAAGAAGUGGGGCCCCGUCAUCGAGGCCGUGCGCACUAGCUUCGCGAACUCGAGCUCGAACGACCCGAACUUCUGGGGCUCCGAGGCGAAGACCCAGAUCAAGCAGAUGAACGCCUACUCGAAGGACAUCCUCUCGAGGUGCCGCAAAACGACUGACGCUGAGGAGGUUACCACCUUGGAACGAUUGAUGAAAGAGCUCGUCGUUAUGAUUGCUUUCGUUACCGUCGUGAAGGACCACGGGGUAGACUCGGAGCAGUUCAAAGAGGUGCACGACUUGCAGGUUGAGGGCCUUCCGAUGGGCCAGCGGGAUGUGAAUGCCAUCGCGGCCGAGGUGACAUCGAUGGGCUUGGCACCCGUGGUGACGCUGACGCUUCCGACCCACAUCAAGUGGGCGCGGCACAAGAUGGACAUCAGGGACACAGAUGACACCGGCAGGUGGUUCUCCAGGAUCAGCACCCGGGACCUCGCCCAGGUCGGUUUCGGCGGCAGCGCGCUUCAGACCGAGCAGGACAAGCUUGUCUCAGUUCGGCUGGCGGCGGCUUUGAAGCUCAAAUCAAAGAAAGAGAGGCUCGACGCCCUGGGCGACCUCUUCGACAUGGACCGCGAACUGGACCUCGUCGACAACGUCAAGGACUUCUGCGAGGCCCUUACCGUGUUGAUCGCCGCGCCGAGCUUCACGGACGCUUCGGUCUGCGUGGAGGCGUUGUCUGGGGCCUUCGAGGCCAUCGGCAGCCCUGCGAUAUCCAGCCUCGUCUCGUGCGGUGUCCUCACGGGCUUUCCGCAUGGGAAGGAGUGGAUGAAGGAGAUGAAGCUCUACAUGGCUCAGGUGCAGAACUCCAAGGCGGACGUCGAGUCCAUGGCCGCUCUGGGCGAGGCGAUCGCUGCGACGAUUAGAGGCGCUCCGUCCGACGGCGCGGAGCCGGCGGAGUUGAGCGCGAUCGCCGCGCAGGUGGGUUCCUACAUCUCGAAGCGCGCCGCCGUCGUCGACAGGUGCCCCGAGCUAUUCUUGGCCGAGUUGCCCACGACUGAGAGCAUGGGAGCGGAGCGCCUCGGCUGCUGGACGGCGUCCCAGCGCACCGCCUCCGUGGCGCUGACAGAGGCCAGCAAGGUUGCCUUCCCUGGCUCGACGGCCUCGCCUUUCGUGGAGGCUGCGAAGAAGUGCGAGCGCAUCGGCACCUGGCUGACCAGCGUCAACUCUUUCCUGUCGCAGGAGGCGUCAAGCGCCCAGGUCAGCGCCGUCCGGGACAUGCAGCUGGGCUACAACAGGGACGUGGCCCAACCGUUUCCGCUGGAGGUUCAGGAGAGCGAUUCAUUCUUCAGCGAGUGCUUGAGCUCCUUUGUCAAGUCCCCACUGCUCAGGGCUGGCGGCGCCUACAACGCAAAGAUCAUGGGAGUGCUCACGGAGGCAGGCAACGCCAAGCUCGCGCCCAUCCUGUCGGCCAUCUCGCAUUUGUUGAAGUGCUCGACGGAUUCCGCGCACCCUGUGCGCAGCUUCGACCCUGCCUGCAUUGUGAAGGAGGACUUCGCCGCGAUGAAAGCGGCGAUCCCAUCGCCGGACACUUGGGCGGCCGCCACUGCUUGGGCGUCGGGCUUGGGCGACCAGUUGCUGGGGAAUCAAUUGAACGUCAUCCGCAACAUCUUUGCGGUCACUGUCAGCCUGGUCGACGUUUUCGCGAUCGCCGAAGAGAAGUCUGCGCCGUGUAAGGUGCAUGUUGAUUGCGUGCUGCACCUCCGCACGGUCGCGCGCGGCCUGGCUACCGUUUCUGGGUGUUGGUCUCAACCUUCGCCUAACGACGAGAGUCCAUACCACGUCAACGUGCUGCGGGGCCUGAUCGAUUACGCGAGCUUCUCUAGCGCGCUGGCGUACCAGGUGAAGGUCGUCCAGUUGACCAUCAGCAGCACUUGGACGUCGAUGAUCAAGGGUGACGUCGACCGCAUCGCCGCCGGCUGCCCUGUCUGGAGGCCUUUCAAGGCGGAGAUGUGCUCGAAUGCCGCCGUGGUGAAGUCGCUCAUCGAUAACAAGGCUUACAAGCAGCUCGGCGACUGGGCGUCCAGCUUGAAGGAGAAGCUGAACCUGGUCAAGGCUUUGCAGAAGGACAACUUGGGCCCGUUCGUCGCCUGCGACGUGGUCAAGAGCGGGCGGGGGGCCCAGGAGUUGGCCGUGGAGACGGUCUCCAACGCGUUCAUCUUUUUCCACGCGCACGUGGAGUGGCCGAAGUCCAUUCGCAACCCGAUCCCUGCGAAGAAGGCGACGGCGGAGGUCGUCGCGCAGAUCAUCGGCGACCAGUGGGCCUCCGUGGAGGGCAGGCCCGAGGCGCCCGCGGAGGCGGCCCCGCCUGCAGAGGCGCCCGCGGCGGUGCCCGAGCCGCCGGCUGCCGCGCUGGCGGAGGAGGCGGGGGCCGACGUCCCCGGGGUCGAGAAGGGCGCCGGGAAAAGUAAGGCACGGAGCCAGAAUCCGCCGAGCGGCCCGCGCAGGCGCGCCAAGGCAGAGGUGGGGCAACAUGGUCACGAAGGCGCCGGCCUCGGCCACGCCGAGCGGAGGCGGGACCCGGUGCAGCGGCAGGUCAGCGACGACGUGGGCCAGGGGCUCCGCGCGGAGCCCGGCGAGGUGGUCGGGGAGCUGUCGGUUCUCAUCGACCGCCCCAUCCCCGCGGCCUACCGCUGCGCGACCAAGUGCCGCUUCGCGGCGCUCCCGCGCGACACGGCCCAGAAGCUCUUCCAGCUGUGCCCCAGGACGUGGUGCCUGAGGCUGCUCCACCUCGUGGCCGCCCGCACCUCCGGCUGGCUCCACCGCGUGGACGCUGCGCUGGACUGGCUGCCAGUGGAGGGCGGCAGGUGUCUCUACCACCACGGGGACACCAUGCUCGGUUUCUUCGUGGUGCUGUCUGGGCGCCUCGUUGUCCUGGAGGAAGAAGAGGGGCUGCCCCCAGGAGAUGCCGGCCGGUGGCGCGUGAGCAACAUCAUCCAGCGCGGACGCAUCUGCGGCGAGCUCGACUGUUUGCACGACACGCCCUACUCGCAGACGGUGUGGGCGUCGCGCGACACCGAGGUGUGCCGGGUAUCGCCCACUCUGCUGCACCUCAUCGCCAUAGAUUUCCCGAAGGCCAUCCUGCACUUCAGCUCGCUGAUCGGGCCGCGGAGCACUCUGCCGGACGGCCCGGCGCCGCUCAACAAGGUGACGAUUACAGUCGUCCCGGCCAGCGAUGACGUCAACGUCCGCGAGGUGUGUGCAAGCUUGGUCGGCGCGCUCAGCAGGCUGGGCAAGACGCUCCACGUCUCCCCGGACAGCGACCUCGCCACCGCCCCCUCGGGCCGGUCGCGGGCCGCCGCGGCGCGGAGCCUGGACGGCCCGCGGCUCGCGCGGCUGCUGGCGGACAUGGAGGAGCGCUGCAGGUGGCUGGUGUACGAGGCCGAGCCUGUCAAGGGCGGCGUGGCCUCGGAGUGGACGAGGCGUUGCGUUCGGCAGGCCGACCACAUCCUGGUCGCCGCGAACUUCGACGGCAGCAGGCGCCUGCAGGGAGAGGGGGAGGGGUAG